GAACAAUGGGAAGGAUUUCGUGUAUUUUUGCUACUUUACAUUUUGAAAUAAUCUUUGGCCAGGACGCACAAUGAGGCAGCCAGCACACGCACCGCCUGCCAUGGGAAUCCCUGAUAAAUAGCCCCGGCCCUCCUCACCACUCCCUCCAUUCCCCAUAGCACAUAGCAACUUCCACCACUUUUAUACUUCCAACAUGAUAUGCUACAGUUCUCCCCACCCCUCCAUUCACCAAGGUGCCCACCCACGUCCUGUCCAAGAUAUUCAGCCACGUCUGUCCUCGGACUCGAAGCCCAGCUAUGACAACAGGUACAGGCUCAAGUUUGCUCUCCUCUUAUCCUGGUGCUGCCGUGCCUGGAAGGACGCCCUGCCUGAGAAAGCCGUGGACACCGUCACAUUCGAGCACAGUCCGCACUGGCCAAUGCAACGGUGCUGGGAACCAUGGCAUCGAAGUGGCGGUCCAACGUCAACGAGUUCAUCAAGCUCAAGGCUACCCUGUCGGCCAAGAAGCUCCUCAUCAUCAUGGACAGCGGAUGCGAGUGCAGGCCGACUCUCAGGGAUGUGAUGAAACAGUUCCGCUUCGAAGUACAUGACUGGAAAAACAUCAGAUCCAUUCAUUUCGCUGGACCCGGUAUCUACGAGCCUGGUA